GCUCCCGGCACUUGGGCGGCGCGGGGGCCGGGGGGCUCCCCGGGGGCUGGGGGCCGCAGGGAGGCCCGGGCUCCAGCGCCUCGCAGCACACCAAGCUCACGGUGCAGCCCAUCCGGCCGGGCGCCCGCCCGCCCCUGGCCCUGGCCAGCGCUCGGCCCAGGGCGCCGGCGACGUCGGGAGGGGGACGGCGACGCCCCCAGCCCGUCCCCGCCCGCAGCCUCCUUGGCCCGCAGCUCCAGGAAGCGGGGGAGAGCGGGGCCCGGCGAGGGGCGGUGACACGGGCGCCCGGACGCAGCCAGGGUGAGUCCCAGAACCCAGGGGAUGGCACUGGUGAUCAGCACUCACACGGACCCCCCAGAAGAAAUGGGGAGACACGAGGUGGGACCUUUGUCCUCCCCUCCACACCUGCACCACACUCCAACCAAGUGACAGUAGAGGCCGGGCAGCAUCAUAGCCUCUUUGUGCCACCUGGUGGCGAUAAGGAAGAAAGACAAGAGCAAGGGACCGUGAUGAGAAAGUGAAAGAACUUACAGAGCAGCAAUUGCUACUACCUCACGGGGUGCCGGGCUGGGCGUGAGUCACUUCCCAGACAGCAAACUCUGGGGAACGCUGUGCAGAGCGCUCAAUCACAAAUGACAGGCUCAGGCUGCAGUGCUCCACUUUCCGUGCGCUUCCCAGGCUCUGAUUCUUCCUUUGUAUAAGGAGAGAGCUGGGCAGCUAAAGCCAGAGGCUCCUUCUUCGGAUAUUCUAGAGCCACAAGGAAUCGCGUCAUUUUCAAAUACUCAUGGCAGAAGAAGGCGCUGUCCUCAAAAUGACCAGGAACCUGAAGGCGGCCGUCUACGCCAUCCUCCAGGGCUACGGGGGUGGGCGGCAGCCGGUGACAGACGCCAGUGCUGAGCUGCACAGACUCUGCGGCUGCCUGGAGCUUUUGCUGCAGUUUGACCAGAAAGAGCAGAAGAGCUUCCUGAGACCUCGGAAGGAUUACUGGGACUUCCUCUGCAUGGCACUGUGGCGGCAGCGGGGGGACACGGAGCCAGUCCGCUUUGUCCACUCACAGGACAAGUUGAAGACCCCGCUGGGAAAAGGCCGGGCCUUCAUCCGCUUCUGCCUCACCCACGGACAGCUGGCCGAGUCCCUGCAGCUCUGCCUCCUGAACCCAGAGCUUACCAGGGAGUGGUAUGGCCCCCAGAGCCCUCUGGUGUGCGCUGAACUCCAGGAAGACAUCCUGGACUCCCUCUAUGCUCUCAACGGGGUGACCUUCGACUUGGACCUGCAGCGGCCUGACUUGGAUGAGGCCUGGCCCAUGUUCUCAGAAUCCUGCUGCUCCAAUUCCAGCCGGACCCAGGGAAGAAGACCCAGAAAGAUCAAAGAUUCCCCAAAGGAGAUCUCACCCACAUAUGGAGACCCCACAGGAGUCCACCCGGAAGAACCAUGUACCAGCCAAGCUGUCUGUCUGCAAGAUGCACCCAGGGAAGACAGGUUGGCUGGACUCCCCAGGUCCCAGCAAUGCAUACAUCAUCCCCCCAUUCUGGAAAAGAAGAAGGAAGAUCCCAGGAGCUUUGGGCCGCCCCAGAGCAUGUGGGAACUAGAGGGGGAGGAGCUUCAGCGAGACAAGGAAGAAAGAGCUCCAAGGACAGGGAUCUGCCUGGAGAACUCAACACCCAGCAUCCAGGGACAGGGGGAGGGGGCCAAAGGGACUCUGAAGGAUGUAAUAGGGACAAAGGCUGAGGGCAGGGGGGUUUUGCUGGAUGUGGACGGCCAGAGAACAGCAGAGGGGACUAACGAAGGGGAAGCAGAGCGGAGUCACAGCCAUAGGUUGCUGGCCUCCAGCCCCAAAGGGACGAUAAGGGAUGUAGCAUCAGGAAGCAGGCAGGAUGGGCAGGGGCCCAGCAUCCCGGGCGAGCUCCGGGUCCUUCAGGGCCUGGGAACAAAGGAAGGCUCCACCACAGAGAAGCCCCAGGAACAAACAGGAGUGACCAGUGUGACCAAGAGGGAGGAAGAAGCAGAGAUGGCCUUGCAGGAUGUGGUCAAGAGCCUCAGACAUGGGCUCCAGAAAACCAAGGAGCAGGCCCAGCACCAGGAGCAGCUGCUGAAGGAACAGGAAGGGGAGCUGAAGGCACUGCAGGAGCAGCUCAUCAGGCUGAAAGAAGCCCAGGGACCCAGGAGCCAACCCAAAAAGGCCUCUGGGACUCCUCCCACCAGAUGCUCCGCUGAGUCCCGUGUUUUGGUCAGCAAGGAAUCCCACGAUUCAAGCCCUAAGUGUCAGGCUGAGAGGGCCCGGCUGCAGGCGGAGCUGGAGCAAAAGCAACAGGAGGCUGAAAGGAGGGAUGCCAUGUACGAGGAGGAGCUUGGCGGGCAGCAGGACCUGGUCCGAGCCAUGAAGAGGCGGGUGCUGGAGCUGAUUCAGAUUGGAAGAUGAAGAUGACGCAGUCUCUCAGAAAGUAGAAUAAAAGCACAGAUAAAUGAAAACAUGAGAGAAAUAGAGACAUAGAGAAUCAAUCCAGGGGUUCUAGAAUCUUCUCCAACAUACAGGAGUUCCAAAAAAGGAGAGAAUAAAAAGGAGCUGAGGGCUUCCCCUGGUGGCACAGUGGUUAAGAAUCCGCCUGCCAAUGCAGGGGACACGGGUUUGAUCCCUGGGCCAGGAAGAACCCACAUGCCACCAAGCAACAAAGCCCAUGUGCCACAACUACUGAGCCUGUGCUCUAGAGCCCACGAGUCACAACUACUGAAGCCCUCGUGCCACAACUACUGAAGCCCGCGUGCCUAGAACCCAUGCUCUGCAAUAAGAGAAGCCACUGCACUGAGAAACCCACAUACCGCAACUGAAGAGUAGCCCCUGCUCUCCACAACUAGAGAAAGCCUGUGUGCAGCAAUGAAGA